AGACAGAGAGACAGGAAUAUGUGACAUAGCAGCUUAGGCUGAUCGAAAAACAGACCGUCAGCUGGAAGUAUGUUACAUUCAGUUAUAAACAUCAGGAUCAUCUUCUUCUGUAUAACAUUUCACUUUAUGCUGGUUUCAGGCUCUUCUCUCAGUGAACGAGUCCAUCAGACUCCAGGUGAUAUCCACUCCCAACCUGGACACACCGCCGUCUUCAACUGUUCUCACAGUAUCAAAGACUAUGACAACAUCCUCUGGUACAGACAGACCAAGAACAAGCAGAUGGAGUUCCUGGGAUACAUGAAUGUAAAGCUGGGAUUUCCUGAAGCAGGAGUGAAGGUGAAGAUCAAUGGAAAUGCAGAGAAAGAACAGACCUGCACUUUAACAGUUGAAAGUCUCAACUUGAGCAGCAGUGCGGUUUACUUCUGUCCGGAGCGCUGUGCCAACUAUGAGGCUUAUUUCGGGCCGGGAACUAAAGUGACAGUUCUGGGUAAGAAAGGCAACGUAACAACACCAGCCGUGCAAGUUCUUGGACCUUCAAAAAAGGAGUGCCGGAGCGACUGGGACCUGCAGAAGAAGAAGACCUUGACCUGCGUGGCCUCCGACUUCUACCCCGACCACGUCAGCGUGUCCUGGCAGCUCAACGGCGUCAGCAUCACCGUCGGCGUGGCGACGGACAGCGACGCCACCAAGAGCAAGACGUCCAGGUUCUACAGGAUCAGCAGCCGGCUGCAGGUCUCUGCUGAGGACUGGUACGACCCCAACAAUCUCUUCAACUGCACCGUCAGCUUCUACGAUGGAAAAGAGACCAGCUACCACCAUGCCAACAUCACAGGUGAGGAGGACGUUCACCUGACCAGAAAGGAAUAUCUGACGGUCACCGGGAACGCCAAGCUGUCCUACACGGUUCUGAUCGUGAAGAGCUGCGUCUACGGGGCCUUCGUGUGGUUCCUGGUCCGGAGGCUGCAGAGUUCGCCUGGAAAGUAGAAUCUCCUGGAAUCUUCUGGAAAGUAGAAUCUCUUAGUCUUUUUCUUCCGUUUUUGCUUACGAUGAACGCAGCGUAGCUAGAAGAGCGUUUGUCCCAAACAACUGCAGUUUUCUUUGCUCCACAUUUGACUCGAGGCCAGCGGAUCUCCGUAGACCCGGUCCGUCACCUCUGGGCCACAUCUAGCCCUGUAGCACCUGCCAGUGUCCAUGUUCGGAUCAAAUGUGUCUUCUAACUGGGAUCUGUGGGGACUCUGGGAAACCUGCGCUCACAUCUGCUUUGUCCUCUGAGAAUAUUGAUAAAAGACAUGUAAAUGUUGCAUCUGCAUUCAUACUUUUUAAGAAAGUGCUUGUUCACCCAACUUCCUUCUCAAUAAAGUGUUUUAGACGA